AUGGAGUGGAGUGGAGGGAUGGAGUGGGUGGAGUGGAGUGAGGAGUGGAGUGGAGUGGAGUGGAGUGGAGUGGAGUGGAGUGGAGUAGGAGUGGAGUGGAGUGGAGUGGAGUGGAGUGGAGUGGAGGAGUGGAGUGGAGUGGAGUGGAGUGGUGGAGUGGGGAGUGGAGUGGAGUGGAGUGGAGUGAGGAGUGAGGAGUGGAGUGGAGUGGAGUGGAGUGGAGUGGAAGUGGAGUUGGAGUGGAGUGGAGUGAUCGGAGUGGAGUUUGGAGUGGAUGGAGUGGAGUGGAGUGGGAGUUGGAGUGGAGUGAGUGGAGUGGAGUGGAGUGGAGUAGAGUGGAGUGGAGUGAGUGGAGUGGAGUGGAGUGAGUGGAGUAGUGAGUGGAGUGAGUGGAGUGGAGUGGAGUGGAGUGGAGUGGAGUGGAGUGGAGUGGAGUGGAGUGGAUGGAGUGGAGUGUGGAGGGAGUGGAGUGGAGUGGUGAGUGAGUGGAGUGGAGUGGAGUGGAGUGGAGUGGAUGGAGUGGAGUGGAGUGGAGUGGAGCGUAUUGAAUCAAAGUUCGAACCAAAAUUUUCAAAAGGUUUGAAAAAAAUUAUCAAGACGGAGACGAGUAAUUUAUAUUGUGCUGAGAAGAAAGCGUUGGGACGGACAAAAGCCGUCCCUCUAUUUCAUCAUGAGGGAGACAAACUUCAUACUAGACUUCCCUGUUGGCCAGUUUUUGAUAUUCAAGAUUACGAACCAGAUGUACCUCAGGGCGAAUAUCCCUUGCUCAUGCAAGCGCCAAACUGGACACGAUCGAAACCCAAAAAAGAAAUGUAUGGAUAUAGUAAGCCAAGUGAAUCUAUUGGAAGCUGCUAUACCCCAACAGCAAAAUUUCUCCGCAUCAACAACAUGCCUCCAAGACGACCUGCACCAUUGCCUGAUUAUUUGGAUCCAGAAGGAAAACUUUGUUUCCCCCCUAAAAGACUAAAGAUUGUAAAGAAGAGGAAAACUACAGAAAUUACAGAUGAGGAUGUUGGAAUAGUAAAAUUGAAGGAUCUUUUGAAGCAACAUGCUACUGAACGUAGUGCAACAAAGAAUAGAAAAUCAGCAGAAAAGGAGAUGGCACAUAAUAUACGAAAAGAAAUGAAACAACAGCUUAAAGAUGAAAUAAAUAGGAAAAUUGAAGCUAUAAAAAUGUCACAACUAGAAGCAAUUGAACCAAUUCACCCUGAUGAUCAAUUGAAAAUGUUGAAGAAAAUUGUUGAAGAAGAACAAAAACAAGAAGUUAUGGAUGAGGAUCUUGUGAAAAUAGCACAUUAUCUUGAUCAAGGAAUAGAUUAUGAUAUGAUUGAACCAUAUCCUGGUUAUUAUUUGAAGAACGCCAAACGUCUAAUAAAAGACAACCUUCUCAACAAUGAACGAUAUGAAGAAUUGAUUUUUAAACUGGAAGCUGAAAUUAAAAACGAUUGGAAUUUGAGUCUUCGACAAGCAAUUUUGGAAUAUAUUUUACUUGAUCCUGAUGAAUGGACUCGUUUAGAUAUUUACACAUAUCCCAUACCAUAUGGAAUUGUCAUAAUUCGUGCACCUGUUCCUUGGCAUAAUAAUUAUGUAAUUAGUAAGCAACUAAUAUCUCAUAAGUUGUUCAUUGGUAAUGAUGUUCUUCUUAGAAUUCGUGACCUGUGGUCACAAAGUUUUUCUCAUCUGUUAGUGGUUCCAACAGAGACUAUUAGGGAACAAUUAGCUUUGCCUUGUCAGUGGGAAGAUCUCAACAGUUUAGUAGACAAGUGCUGUUCAGACAUCAAUCGGAUACUGAAUAAUGAGUGGCUACCUAAGUGUGCUGAAAUAUUUUUGGAAAUGAAAUCUUCUUGGGAGUAUCUGGUGCCACAGAAAAUGGGCGAGUCAUUGCUAUUGGUCCAAACAUUUUUUGACUCUGCUAGUAGUCUUGUGGCUCUUGAAGUUCGUGACCUAAUUUUAAAGUCUUUGAUGGAGUUAUUAUCUUUUAUUGUUCAAUACAAGGAUGGAAAUGACUUUGGGGAAAAAUAUGAAGAUUGUGUCUUGAACAAACAACCUCUCAUCACAAUGAAAGUUCUUCCUGUUCCUGGAAAAGCUGAGUUUACAUUUUCCCCAACAGCAGAUCAUAUACGAGAUUUUAUUCGACUAUUAUUUAGAAAGAUUAUUAAUGUCAAUACGGCAGUACCUCGCAUAGAAGCCAUUCUCUUUCCAGGCAAUCAUUUAAUCUUGAAACCAGUGAGGGAAUCAGAAGAAGAAAUUAGUGAUCUCAUUAAAGAAGCAGUAGAAGCUUUUGAUACAAAUAUUGUUGGUCCUAUUGCUUAUAUGCGAGAAUAUGAACCUUACUUUUUUAUUCUUGAUGGCUCAUUGGAAAGGUCAACCAAAGAGUUCAUGAGUCAAGACCCAGAACCUCUACUAGAGGAUUAUAAAAUGCGUAUUAAAGGCCACAAAGCAUUAAAAGAAAAAAUAGCAUUGUUGAGAAAUACAAUACCUUUGAAUUUCCUCAGUUUAGAUUGCAGUGAGCUCAAUGAAAUUCUGUGGAAAAUGGUAGACGAUGAUGAAGCUGUAAUGGUGAAUCAUCAUGUCUCAGAAAACAGAACUUUAAACAGAGGGAUUUGCAAUGUGUUUGAAGAAAUGUCUGACAAAGUUAGUGAGUUACCUGAAUCAACAGCUGAGCUUGUUGAACUUUGUAAAUACCACGCUGAGUGCCGUGAUGUAACAAUGUUCAACUUACGAGAAAAGAUACGCACAGCAGCUCAGAAUGUUCUGUUUCUUAUGAGUCAUGCUCUUCUAUCACCUGAAGACAUAUUCCUCAACUCAAGAGUAUUUGUGUGGCCUGCUGAUAUGGAAGCUGUACUAGAAUUAAGUCAACAAAGAUUAGCACAUCGUCGGGAAAUGGUUGAAAUUGCUCUAAAAACCAAAAGAGAGGAAUUUGAUGCACGACUUGUUCAGCACCAGAAAGAACUGGAAUUCUUUAAAAAGAAAGACCCUCCGAUUCUUACUAUGGAAGAUAUGGAAGAAAAUGCUGAAAUUGCCAAGAAGCUGUUAUCAAUAAUAAUGGAAGAUAAAAAAGAUGGUGAUGCAAUUAAUAAAGAGGAGGUAUUAUUGGAUCUUGCACCAUCACCCUUCGUAAUAUUACAGCAGAUGGUAUCUGGGAUUACCCCUCUAGAAUUAAUGUGGAGGACAGUUUUGAAAUUUCAUAAGAAUUAUGACAAAUGGUACUAUGGUCCAUUCAGUGAACUAAAUGCUGAAGAAAUUGGCCUAGAAAUUGAUGAAAUGUUUAAAACACUGUACAAGUUAGCAAGGCAGUUACAAGAUGCUCCUGGAGCGAAACGCAUUGCAGAGAUGGUGCGAGCAAAAGUGGAAAAAUUUAAACAGUUUAUCCCUCUGUUACAUGUCAUCUGCAACCAAGGACUACAGGAAAGACACUGGAAGGAGAUAAGUGAGGUAGCUGGAGUAGAUAUUACUCCAGAAAAAUAUCCAUCUUUGAAUGAUAUGGUUGAGGCAGGUUUAAUGAAGUAUGUCACUCGAUUAGAUGAAAUAAGUGUUUCUGCAACCAAGGAGUAUGCUUUAGAGCAAAACCUACAGAAAAUGAAGGAAGAAUGGGCAGAUAUUGAAUUUGAAUGUGUUCCAUACAGGGAUACUGGUACUUACAUUCUGACAGCUGUUGACGACAUUCAGCAGAUGUUGGAUGAUAAUAUAUUGAAAGCUCAAACUAUGCGGGGCUCCCCCUAUGUGAAACCAUUUGAAAAGGAAAUGCAUGGUUGGGAAAGCAAACUCAUCACUAUGCAAGAUAUAUUGGAUGCUUGGUUGCUGUGUCAAAGUACAUGGAUGUAUUUAGAGCCAAUAUUCAGUUCUGAGGAUAUUAUGCGUCAAAUGCCUGAAGAGGCUAGGAAAUUUAAGCAUGUAGAUGGAGUUUGGCGUAGCAUUAUGGCUAAUACAAACAAAGACAAACGUGUAUUGAAAGCAACAGAGUUUCCUGGAAUGUUAAAAUUGUUGAGAGAAAACAAUAAUUUAUUGGAUGAAAUACAGAAAGGAUUGAAUGACUAUCUGGAGAAGAAAAGACUGUUUUUCCCAAGGUUUUUUUUCUUAUCAAAUGAUGAGCUCCUAGAAAUUUUGUCUGAAACGAAGGAUCCUUUGAGGGUUCAACCACAUUUGAAGAAAUGUUUUGAAGGAAUUAGCCAGCUUGAUUUCACUCCACAACAGGAAAUAGUUGGAAUGAUGUCAGCUCAGAAAGAAACAGUUCCCUUUUCAGGAUCUAUUUUUCCUCUUGAAGCCAAGGGUCUAGUGGAGAAAUGGCUCGUAGAAGUGGAAGCCCAAAUGAGAAUUUCACUGAGAGACAUUGUCACAGAAGCAGUUGCUGCUUAUUUUGUCACUCCAAGAAAUCAGUGGGUGUUAAAUUGGCCAGGACAGAUUGUUCUUUGUGUUGGAUGUAUUUAUUGGACUGCAGAAUGUGCAGAAGCCCUUGAAGAAAGAACUGUCAUGAUCUAUAAGAAAAAGUGUGAUACACAAAUUGAAGAUUUAGUAACAUUAGUUCGAGGAUUUUUAUCACCAGGGGCCCAAAUAACAAUAUGUGCAUUAAUUGUUAUUGAUGUUCAU